AUGGCUACUCCUACUACAAACGUCGUUAGAUGGUCCGCUCUCGUGGGUGGUAUCUUUUAUGGUAUUUUCCACCAAUCUACAUUACAGGCUAAAUACGAUGAGAAGAAGGCUGCCCACGCUGUUCACCACCGAGCACAUUUGAUCGAGGAGGCUAAGAAAGCUUAUGCUGCUAAGAAGGCUGAGAAGACUGCAGGAUCAGGAUUAAUCACCGACAUUGAGGACCCCAAAUUCGACCUGGAAAAAGUUAUCGAGAGUUGGACCAAGGAUUCAUAG